CAGAGUUCAGCUGCAUUGGGUCAUUGCAUUUUGAACUUUUGCACCUUUGCUUCACUACACCACCGCCCUCGUGACCCCAUAUUUUGACCCUUUGUACUCCACUGCUACCCCAUUCGGCUGUGCUGGGUUGCAUCGAGACUCGCUGCUGUGUACAUUGUAAUACUAUGCAUGAAGGAAUGAACUUCACCUCUAAUUCUUAGCGGCAGGCGUGCUGUUAACACCUUACAGCUUGCAUUCUGCUUGCAACCAGCUAACCCUUUGCUACAACCAAGCCUACUGGCAUUUUACUUAACUGCAUUUUUGAAGGUUGUAAAAGACACACUGGCUGCUACAUCAGCCCAUUCCAACCUUGUGUGCAGAGCUACCGGAAACCAAGUCUUCCCUUUGCAGACGACGACCAUGGCAGAGGGGCAGCAAGGAAAUGACGACCCACCCAAACAGCAGCCAGGGAACGAAGCAACUCCUCUAGAAGUCCAAACCGGGCAGGCCGAAGACGUCAACGCAGCAAUCACGGGCUUAGAGCCUCCUGAGGCGCCGUACUUUCGGCCGUACAUGUCGGUUGAGUUCGUUGUUACCGCUCUGGGCGCCAUCCUGGUGAUCUGGUCCUUCUGCUGGCUCUACGUGGGGGCCUUCUGGAACCCCUCGACCCGGCUGUCCAACCUGCAUGUGGCGGUGCUGGACUGCGACGUCACCCCGCCACCCGCCUCGCUCAACGCCUCCUUCGCACCGCUGCUGCCGGCGCUGCUGCCUGCCCCACUAGCCUCCCAGCUGCUAGCCGGGUCGGUGUGGAACCGCUCCUCGCCCCUGGGACCCCGCCUGCUGCACUGGGAGCCAGCCAGCUGCGGGGAGGCGGGCGGGGCGGGGGCGGGAUGCGGGCCGCGGGAGGCGGAGUGCGUGGCGUCCCUCGCUUCCUCCGUGCUGCAGGGGGAGACCUGGGCCCUGCUCUACUUCCCCGCCAACUUCACCGCCGCGUACCUGGCGUGGUGGCGGGACUCGGGGGUGGCGGGGGCGGGGGCGGGGGGCGCGGGCGGGAGGAAGCAGCCCCCCACCGCCACCUACUACUACGCCCGCGGCCGCGACUACUCCACCCACUCCUACCUCUCCUCCCUCGUGCUCUCCUCCCUGGGCCCCGCCCUCAGCGCCGCCCUCACGCGCCAGCUGGCGGCCAGCCCGGCAGCAGCGGGGGGCCGCCUGGAGCCGCUGUUCCUAGCCACGGGCAUCUCCAUCGCCCCCGUGGACCUGGCCCCGGUCCGCAACUUCGGGCAGCACUUCGCCUCCUACAUCUUCUGUGUGCUGCUCUGGCUGGGCAGCUCGUUCGUGGUCGCCGCCAGCUACCAGUUCAAGCUGCCUACUGAGAUGGCGCUGGCCAUUGACCCGCGGGUCGGUGGGGGCCGGCAGGUGCGGCUGCGCCACCUGGCCUGGGCGCUGCUGGUGAAGGGGCUGGUGGCGGCGGGCUUCAUGUUCCUGGAGAUGGUGCUGCUGUGUGUUGUGCUGUGGUGCCUGGGGGCGGGCGGCAGCGGGGCGCAGUGGCACUGGAGCGCGGGGCAGGCCAUUGCAUUCGGGUGGUACAUGAGCUGGUCCUUCCUCUCGGUCAACGCGGUGCUGCUGCACGCGCUGGGCCCCGACCGCUUCUCCUCCGCCUCCGCCGCGUUGCUCAUCGCGCAGCUCACCUCCGCCUCCGCCAUCAUGAGCCAGGAGCUGCAGAACCGGGUGUUCUAUGUGGGGCAGGCCCUCCCCUUCUUCUACGGUGUGCGGGGCUUCCGCUCCAUCUUCUUCGGGACGCUCACCGACAAGAUGUGGAUCAACUGGCUGGUGCUCACGGCCUACAAUGUGGUGUUCCUGCCGCUGGGGCUGCUGCUGGUGGUGCGCCGCGUGUGGCGCAACAGCGGCCGGGGGGCGCAGCAG